AUGUCUGUUCAAGAAGAGCGUAUCUCGAUUCCUGGCCCGCUGGGUGAGGCCAUUGUUGGCCAGUUGCGGGUCAAUGAUCCUCAAUCGGACAAGUGCAUCUUGAUCCUACAUGGUCAUCUUGGACAUAAAGAUUAUCUCUUCCUCAAGUACCUUGCGGAGGAGUACGAGGGGAACAGCUUCCGAUUGGACUUUCGUGGCAAUGGGGAGAGUGAUGGAGACUGGGAUCGACCAAGAUUGUUCAAGGAUGACUAUGCUGAUCUGGAUGCUGUCACGGACCAUCUCCGACGCGAACGCAAGUAUCAGAUCUACGCCAUCGUCGGCCACUCCCGAGGUGGACAAGUUGCUCUUCUCUACGCCCACCACCGGCCUGAUUUACGAAUUCCUCUUCUUGUUAAUGCAUCAGGCCGUUAUUUUGGUUCCGGCCUGCGCGACAGGUAUCUCAUGAGAAGCAAAACGAUGGCCGAAGAAGGCGGCGCAACCGACAAAAUCAAGGUCAAACACACAGGUGAAGUUAAGGCUAAGCGUACACCAUGGGAAGAAAUCGAAGCAAACUCGAAUAUCGACUUGAGCGUAAUCGAACACUUCCCGCCCGACGUGAAUGUCCUUACAAUGAUGGGCACGCGGGAUCAUAUUGUUCCUCCCAACGAAGUGCAAUACUUCGCAAAUCUGUUGGCGGGACGACACACCCUCCAGAUGGUCGAAGGCGCCGACCACAACUAUUACGCACCGACCGGCGAACCCUCCCCUCACCUUCCCGACCUCGAACCCCGCCAUAACUUCAACCCCGACGUAGCAAAGUACAUCGCCAACUGGCUCUCCUCAGAAUCAGAACGCAAACGCUUCUGGAAACGAAGCCAAUGGAUCGGCGGUACUCGUCGGUUUAAGAUGGACGUCGAAGGAACCGCGAAUUUCCGUGAUCUCGGUGGGUGGAAGAAUGAGGGUGAGCAGUGGGUCCGGAAGGGGUGGAUUUUUAGGUCUGCGGAUUUGUGUGGGGUCACCGAGCGUGGGGCGGAUGUGAUGCGGAAGUUAAAUAUCAAGGUCGCGUAUGAUCUCAGAUCUGACCCUGAACUGAAGAAGUCUGGGUGGGGUGAGUUGGAGGGGGUUCAGAGGUGUCACAAUCCUGUCUUCAAAGAAGAAGAUUACUCGCCUGAAAAACUCGCACAACGCUUCGCGAACUACCAUAAUGGUAUCGAAGGUUUCCUCAAAGCCUACAAAACAAUCCUCCAGCACGGUGGUCACGCUUUCCGCACAGUCCUGCUCCACCUCCGCGACUGUCCCGACGAGGGGCUGGUUAUCCAUUGCAAAGCUGGAAAAGACCGUACCGGAGUCAUCUGUGCGCUGAUCUUGAAGCUUGCGGGCGUGGACGACGAAACCGUCGCUCGCGAAUACGAACUCACAACCGAAGGCCUCAAAGACGAACACGAUAAAAUCAUCGCAUCCCUCCCCACCUCCUCCGACGAGGAUCUCAAUAACCCGAAGAAAGCUGCCCUGUCAUCCCUGAUGAGUUCAAAAUACGAGUCUAUGAUGGUAACGUUGAAGAUGCUUCAAGAACGGUUCGGGGGUGCGGAGAGGUACGUGAAGGAGUAUUGUGGGAUGACGGACGAGGAUGUGAAGAAGAUUAGAGAGAACUUGCUUGUUGGAAGUGAGAUUGAUUGGGUUUGGAGACAUCAGGGACGUGCAAGGAGGAAUAGCCAGGAGUCGCGCCUUUGA